AUGGCGACCAACGGUGACUUUUCCGACGACGAGUCCCAUCCCGGUUCCCCCGUCUUGGGCGCCAACGGUCAUGGUGAGGUUGAGGACCAGGAGCCCCUCGAUCAGGGCGAGAAGCCCGUCAAGUCGGCCAUGAAGAAGUCCGAUGCCCCUCAGCCCCCGAAGCGCCCCGUCCUGCCCGAGCAGCCGGACCCGACCACCCUGGACCUCUCCACGCUGACCCCGUUGUCCCCCGAAAUCAUCGCCCGCCAGGCCACCAUCAACAUCGGUACCAUUGGUCACGUCGCUCACGGGAAAUCCACCGUGGUCAAGGCCAUCUCGGAGGUCCAGACGGUCCGUUUCAAGAACGAGCUGGAGCGCAAUAUCACCAUCAAGCUGGGUUACGCCAACGCCAAGAUCUACAAGUGUGACAACCCCGAGUGCCCGCGCCCGACGUGCUAUAAGAGUUUUAAGAGUGAGAAGGAGGUCGAUCCCCCGUGUGAGCGCGAGGGCUGCCAGGGUCACUACCGUCUGCUCCGCCAUGUCUCGUUCGUUGACUGCCCCGGGCACGAUAUUCUCAUGAGUACCAUGUUGUCGGGUGCCGCCGUCAUGGACGCCGCCCUCCUCCUGAUUGCCGGAAACGAAACGUGCCCGCAGCCCCAGACCUCGGAACAUUUGGCCGCCAUCGAGAUCAUGAAGCUCAGCCACAUCGUCAUCCUGCAGAACAAGGUCGACCUGAUGAGGGAGGAUGGUGCUCUGCAGCACUACCAGUCCAUCCUGAAGUUCAUCCGCGGUACCGUCGCCGACGGCUCCCCCAUCAUCCCCAUCUCCGCCCAGCUCAAGUACAACAUCGAUGCGGUCAACGAGCAUCUCGUCACCCACAUCCCCGUCCCCGUGCGCGACUUCACCGCCUCGCCGCACAUGAUUGUCAUCCGUUCCUUCGACGUCAACAAGCCCGGUGCCGAGAUCGAGGACCUCAAGGGUGGUGUCGCCGGUGGCUCCAUCUUGACCGGUGUGCUCAAGCUCAACGACGAGAUCGAGAUCCGUCCCGGUCUCGUCACCAAGGACGAGAACGGCAAGAUCCAGUGUCGCCCCAUCUUCUCGCGCAUCGUCUCCCUGUUCGCCGAGCACAACGAUCUCAAGUUCGCCGUCCCCGGUGGCCUGAUCGGUGUGGGUACCCGCGUCGACCCGACCCUGUGCCGUGCCGAUCGUCUCGUCGGUUUCGUCCUGGGCCACCGCGGCCGUCUCCCCGCCAUCUACACCGAGCUGGAAGUCAACUACUUCCUGCUGCGCCGCCUGUUGGGUGUUAAGACCGCCGACGGCAAGCAGGCCAAGGUCGCCAAGCUGAGCAAGAACGAAGUGCUCAUGGUCAACAUCGGCUCGACGGCCACGGGCGCCAAGGUGAUGGGUGUCAAGGCCGAUGCCGCCAAGCUCAGCUUGACCAGCCCGGCCUGUACCGAGGUGGGAGAGAAGAUCGCCAUCAGCCGGAGAAUCGACAAGCAUUGGCGUCUGAUUGGAUGGGCCAACAUUGUUGCUGGUAACACCCUCGAGCCCAUCCUGAACUAA